UCUGGACCGACAUCCAGGACGCAAUUGAGAGACUCGGCGGAAAGAAGACUGAAAUGGAUGCCUUGAAGACUGAAUGUAUGGAUCCAGUUGUUGAACAAGAUUAUAUAGAUCAAGUAAGGCAGAUGAUCAAGGAUGAGGAAGAUGUCAAGGAAAAAAUCGAAAGCUUUGAAAAGAAGACAGAAUAUAGGUUGUCAUCUUGGUCGCUAGAUUUACAGAAAAACUUGAUGACCUGGGUAAGAAGAUCGACGGAGUGCCGGAUGUGUUGCACGAGAUGUUGGAUGCGGGGAGAGAGAAAGGAAGUAAGCUGGAAAGUGAGCUGCCUGAAUUACCAGUCGAUGUUCACGGUCAUACGAUGGAGGUCGAUAGGAUUGUAGAACUCCUCACAGAUGAUAGCACCAAAGACGUGGCAGUAGUCUUAGUCAGCGGAAUGCCAGGGAUUGGGAAGUCUACUGUUUCCCUUCAAGCCGGCCAUAAGCUAAAAGAUGAUUUCGGUAGAAUCGUUAAGUUUUGCUCUUUAAGAGACCUGCAUCCCACCAAAAAUGGGCGUGACACCAAGGAUGAUGAAGGAGAAAGGGUGUGGAGGGAGAUUUUAAGCAAGUGUCAACCAGAUCAUCUACCGGCCAAAGAAUAUCCCAAAUAUGCUUUGCUCAUGUGGUGUAGGCAGCUUGAGGAAGACCUGGUUCUUGUGCUUGACAAUGCAGAAGAUGCCCAAGAGGACAAUUUUAAAGAUUCGUUUAUGGGAUUGUUAACCGAAAUGAGAACGUGUUCAAAGAAAAAAAUCAAAUUCAUAAUUACUUCAAGACGUACAGACAUUGAGAGCACCGGACCAAAUUUAACUGUUGAGAAAGUCACAGUAGAGCCUUUGAGUGAAAAGGAUAGCAUUCAAGUCUUAAAGGGAGUUGGACGUUUGCAAGUGGACUCUAAUGUCUCAGCAGAGAAAUUACGUAAGAUAGCAGAGCUGUGCGAGCACAUUCCGAUAGUGCUUCGUCUAGCAAGCCGACUUCUUUCUUCAGAUUCCGAGUACUCUGUUGACAAGUUAAUAGACUAGCUACAAGAGCGCCCUACGCGCAUACUGAAGUGUCCAGUCAUGAUGGAAGUUGCCUUUGAGAAAUUAAGUGAGCCGUUGCGGCAUUCCUUGAUUCGUCUGUCUGUUUUUAGCCGAUCUUUCGAAAGAAACGCAGCGGAGGCACUACUUGGCAACAAUUGUGCUGAUCACUUAACGCAGUUAAAGGAAAGAUGCUUUAUUCAAAAACGCGACAAUCGAUACUUCCUUCACUUGCUUAUCAGAAGUUACGCUAGAACGUUAGGAGAAAAGAAAUUUCCGGAUGUUUGGAGUCACGGCCAACAAGCAUUUGAUGAACACUUUCUGGCAAAGAUUUUGGAAAGUGCAGAGAUGUACAUGCGCAAAGAUAAAUGUAAAGAGUCGUUUGACCUUUUUAAUGAAGAAAGGCUUAACUAUGAAACCCUGAUUGGAGAUGUCAGUAGAAAGAAAAUACGGAACUGUAAAGCACUGCGAGAUGCGGUGAGUGGUUGCAGGAAUCUCGCACCUUACGUAGAAUUCUGCGUUCCCGUCAAAAUGCACGAAGAUUUUCUGAACGGGCUUUUAUGUUAUGCUCAAGAGCAAAAUGAAACAGUGCACGUAGUGGAAAUUUUGUGCCUUCUGCAUUA